AUGCCAGGGCUAAGGCUCCUCAACCCAUCCAACUGGGCUGGACUACCUUACCUUGCCACUUGCCAGGUCAGGCUCGGCAUCCACCUUUUUCUCCCCUCCACCUUCGCACCAUCCACCUGGGCAGUGUGCUGGUCCCCGUCCAUUCAGUGUCCCGUCCACCGUCCUCCAAAAGACCCGCGACCUCGACCCUUUCCAAUACCACCUCCUACCUUGACCCUUGUACCACCCCGUAUCAUCGACCUGCGGCACGUCGUCCCGUCCUCAACCCCGUCUGGAUCCGGCGCAACUGCUUGCCUGCUCUCUAGGCCUGCUGGGGACGACGCUCUUACACCUCCUCGCACCGACCCGAACCUCAACUCGCGUCGUCGAUUGACCUGCACCACUGAGCGCCGCGUCGCUGAGCUUGGCUUCGCAUCGCAUCUCAACCCAUCGAAUCCCCCAGCAGCACGCCACGCCGGGAAAUGCGCUGCGGCUCCUCUGACCUCCCGCUGCUGCAAGGAUUGA